GGGCGGGGCUUCGGCAGCGCUGAGGGGCGGCAGCGGCUUUACUGGGGCGGUAAACAGCGCGCGGACCCGGAUCCCCCCCGAGCACCGAUCACCUGCCCGCGCGCCCGAUCCCCGCACUCACCCCCCCCCCGGAACCCGCGGACCCGCCCCGCUCCGGGUCUGGACCCGCCGGUGGUGUUCUGAUGGAGCGGAGAAGCAGCAGCGGUUCUGACUGGUUCUGAUCCAGCAGCAGCAGCUGGAACAUCUGGAGCAGAGAGACCCAAUAUGAUCGAUUCCUGUAGAAGAGACUGAUAUCAGGACGUUUGGGAUUCUAAUCGAUGAGAUGGAUGGUAUUGGGAGCAGUAUGCAGAAGAAAGCAGAAGAACUGGAGAGGAUGGCUGAGGUUCUGAUCACAGGAGAGCAGCUCAGGUUACGAUUACAUGAGGGAAAGGUGAUUAAGGACAGGAGGCAUCAUCUCCGCACUUACCCAAACUGCUUUGUGGCCAAGGAGCUCAUUGAUUGGCUGAUUGAGCACAAGGAGGCUUGUGAUCGAGACACGGCCAUCAAGAUCAUGCAGAAGCUGCUGGAUCAGAGUAUCAUCCACCACGUGUGUGAUGAGCACAGAGAGUUCAGAGAUACGAAGAUGUUCUAUCGCUUCAGGAAGGAUGACGGGACGUUUCCUCUGGACAGCGAGGCGAAGGUGUUUAUGAGGGGUCAGCGGCUUUAUGAGAAGUUGAUGAAUGCUGAGAACAGCUUGCUGAAGACUCGGGAGGAGGAGGGUGUGGCUUAUGAGCGGACGCUGGUGGCCGCCGAGUUCAUUGAUUGGCUCCUGCAGGAGGGGGAGGUGGCCAGCCGAGAGGAGGCGGAGCAACUAGGGCGGAGACUUCUGGAGCACGGCAUCAUUCAGCACGUCAGUGAUCAGCAUCACUUCGGGGACGGUCGGCUGCUCUUCCAGUUCCGGAUGAAUUUCCGGCGGCGGCGGCGGCUGAUGGAGCUGCUGCUGGAGAGGAGCCGCGUGAUUCCGGAGAGUCAGGAGAGUCCGUUCUGCCUCCGCAAGCAGAACCCGGACAGCGGCAACAGCAGCUUCCUCUCCGUGAGCCCCACUAAGGAGAUUAGGGUGGUGUGUUUGCGGCGCAGCAGUAUGAGCAGUAGUUGUGGGAGUAGUGGAUACUACAGCAGCAGCCCCACCCUCAGCAACAGCCCCCCCGUGCUCUGCAACCCCAAAUCAGUGCUGAAGAGACAGGUGAGUCCAGACGAGCUGCAGAGUCCUGGAGGUCCGUUUAUAAAGAAGACCUUCACUAUUGUAGGUGAUGCUGUAGGCUGGGGGUUUGUGGUUAGAGGGAGUAAACCGUGUUAUAUCCAGGCUGUUGAUCCGAGUGGACCGGCGGCGGCGGCUGGGAUGAAGGUGUGUCAGUUCGUGGUGUCGGUGAACGGUCUGAAUGUGCUGAAUCUGGACUACAGGACGGUCAGCAGCCUCAUCCUCACCGGACCCAGAACCGUGGUGAUGGAGGUCAUGGAGGAAGUGGAGUACUGAGGACUAGCCUUCUCUCCUCUCUCUCUCUCUCUCUCUCUCUCUGUAUCAGUCAGUGUCUCUCGCUCAUUUUUGGGUCUGUCUUCAUUAAGACGUCUCACUGCCUUAAGAAAUCUCCACAGGUGUUUUUAACUCUAAUUUGUGGAUCAUUUCUGAACGUCGUCACUGGUGUAGUUUUGGGGGCGUGUCCUUUAUAAUGCAGCUCUGCAGGUGAGGAGGGGAGGAGCAGAGAGAGCAGGUGAAAUUAGAGCUGAUGAUUCAGGCUUAAUGUAAAAGGUCUCAGAAUUAUGCUCGUGUUGUAAAUACAUUUCUGAUGUGCAAAUAAUUCAAUAAUUCAGAUGGUACUCUGUUCAGUAAUAAAAACUGAAUUCUAAUCAA